AUGGAGAGACUGCGUCCUGGAGACGUGAGUCCGGCUAUAUCAUUGACGCCGGAUGAGUAUCGAGCACAGCACGAUGUCUCGCCUCUGUCCCCAUUGACCGAGGACGAGCAGCAUACCCCUCACCGCGAUGCAAGCAGGCGCUGGCGAAGGGUACAGGAAGCCGCCAAUUAUAACGUCUCCCCGGUUUCGUCUUUUCGUGUGCAUCCAUCUUUUCGUAGUCGCCAAGUGCGACCAGUAGUCCCGGCAACGAGUCAGGUUUCUCCAGUCGAUACUCGGGAACAGCCACCACGCACACUCCCACCAUGGUCGGAAGAUGUGGAAUUUGGGCAGGGCCCGCGACUUGCACUUGGCCAAACUGUAUUGGAAUCACCGACGGAAGGAAGACGAUCGAGCGACGGAUCUUUUCGAGGAAUCCCCUUUGACGAUGUCGUGCGGGCCAAGACAAUUCACGGGCCCCCAGCCAAGGCUGGCCAGUCAUUUACGAGCUCGCGGGCUUAUUGGAACCCUAUAUGGCUUCGUGAUUACCUAUUGAUAGGUCUUGCUGUCAGCUUUGCAACAGUCGCCGUUAUUGUAUUUGCCCUUUACCUGGUUUCUUCGAGAAAUCAUGGUCUGGGAUCCGAACUGGGCUCUGAAAACUUGGUUCAUGUUUGGAAAUAUAUUCCCAGCGCAGUCAUCUUUCUCCUUUUUGCAUUCUGGAGUCGCGUCGAUUUUACAGCAAGACUGCUGCAGCCAUGGGCCAAUAUGAAAAAUGGCCCGGCAUCCGCUGAAAGGUCUGUCUUCCUUGAUUUGAUAACGCCAAUAUGGCCUGCUGCGUUUAUCAAAUCGUUCAAGACGGGAAGUCUUGUUCCAAUCUUGACUAUUUCCGGAUCUGCCAUACUAAAUGUCGUUGUAAUAUUCUCAACUGGACUGCUACAAGUUGAGAGAAUUGCCAGCACGGAUAGCGAUGUCAACCUCGUCAAGAGUGCAACCAUUGAUGCCACAUCUUGGGACCCCGGAGGACUUGAUGGUACUACUGGUUCUUUAUACAACAACAUCAUGGCUGGAAAUCUAGCCUGGCCAGACUUUGUACUAAGUAAUGCGACUUUCGAACCCUUUGCGCCGCAAGGCAACCCCCUGUCAAGCAGCAGCUCAAAAUAUUCCGCCACCGUUGGGGGCUUCUUUCCGACUCUAGCAUGCGAGGAAGCAAGGAUGGCAGAAGAAUACCAGGGGACACGCAGCAACCACUUUGCAAAUUUCACCUAUGUUUCCGAUGCUUGUAGUGUGGUGAUUCAACUACCCCUCGUCGCUGAUGCAGAAUCAAACGGAUGGUCGAAUUUCUCGGCUUCGAGGAAUUAUAUGGGCACAAGCCAGAUAGUGGCAUGCCCGAAUGAUACAAAGCGGCUCUUGUCGGUGGUGACUGUGGUGGAUGCCAAUAUGUCUCUGCUUAAUGCAAGCGCACUCUUCUGCGAGCCGAGCUACUCCUUUCAGAAUGUACAGGUGACCUUGAGCUCACCGCAAUGGCUGCCAUCUGUCGACUGGGGCACUUUGACCCAAGGAAAUGGCCAAAUAGACGGCCUUGACUCGUUUGAACUACUCGACUACGUUGUAAAAUCCACAUCCCGGACAGAUUUGGCAGCCUUAACUGAGCCUGCAAACACUACCGUUGCAAGGAAUAAUUUCCUUCGAUUAGCAUCUACGGAUGCACUGAGCUCAGAUGCUGUUUACCUGGAUCCUUUUCUUGAGACCAACGUCUUUGCGAACCGCCUCAACACAAUGUAUUCGGGAAUGGCUUCUUUGGUUGUCAGCCAAAAUAUGCUGAAUAAUCGUCAGCAAACGAUUAUUGGCACAGUAACGCGUACAGAAGAUAGGGUUCAAGUUUCCCUGGCCGCAACCGCUGUCGUCGUGACGCUUUUACUGGUAUGUCUCGGUCUCUCGAUUGCCGUCCUUUUUCGGCGACCACAGGAAGUUGUGCCGCGAGAUCCGCGAAGUAUCGGCGGAAUUGCUCUGCUUCUCCAGUGCAACGGCGAAUUAAGCCACUACUUUCGGUCGAAUCUAGCACAUUUGCGCCACAGCUUGUUCCAUGAGCGCUUCUUUACCUUGACGCCCAAGACAUUUAGUUUCACGUUUGCUAUCGUACGCGAGGGCAUGAACCCAGCGGCCCGACCAGCGAGGACCAUGUCCAUCGAGGAUGGAUCCAUGGCAUGGUGGCAACCGGUGGCACUCCGAGCUUGGUGCAAGGUAUUGGCCAUCUUGCUGUCGCUCGCUCUCAUUGGGUCGCUAGAAGGAGUACAGCAAGUGUCUGAUCGGUCAAACGGUAUCGCGACGACAAGGGCACCUGCUGCGGCACAGUAUGGAAUGACCAUAAUACCUGCCAUCAUCAUGUUUGGGGUUGGGUCGCUUUACUCUUUGAUCAACUUUGGCACAAACCUAAUGGCACCGUACCACGCCCUUUCGAAAGGCGCCACAUCUGAUCGCAGCCUUUUUAAUCACGACCUUGGUCGUCUCCCGCUGCUGCAACUUUUUUCAUCAAUGAGACGGCGACAGCUUGCGACUGCGUGCACCUCUCUAUCGGCCAUGAUUGGGCCGUGGCUAAUCAUUGUUGUCUCGGGCCUUUACUCGGCAUCUCCGCUAGAGGACGGCGUUGCGAGCGCAUCGCAGGAUUCCAGGAUUGUGCAGAACCGCGGCCCGAAAAUCGCGCUCCAGGUCUUGUUGGGCGUCAUGGCCGUCUGUGUGGCGCUUUCGUGGCUCUUCAUGCGGACGGACGGACUGCUGCCGCACAACCCAACGAGCAUCGCCGGAACCGCGGCGCUGCUGGCGGGUGGCGAGUUGUGGAAGGGUCAGGAAGAGGACCGGAGACGGGCUUUACUCGUUCCUGAAGGGGCCGAGUGGAUUGGUGACGGGGAAUUAAUGAAGCAAGGCGUUUGGGAGAAUUUGGUAUUUGGGCUGGGCUGGUGGCCAGACGGGCGUUAUGGAAUCGAUGCGGGCGGGAGGAUUGAUCAGGAGAAACGGACUUGA